CCAGUGUCAGCUGAGACGCGCCGAGCCGAGGACAGUUUGACCCCCGCCGCCUAGCCGCCUGCAAGCGAGCCGCGCGAGUAGACUAACGGACAGUUCGCCGAGGUUCGAGUGACACCCACCACCGCAGUCAAGAUGAUGAAGUCCGCGACCGCCCCCGCCGCCCCGGCCACCUACUCGCUGGCCGCGUCCCUGGCCCUGUCCUGCCGCCUCAGCCCCGAGCAGGAGGCCGUCCUGGAGGCGUCCUUCCAGCGCGCCAAGAACGUGGACCCCGUGGAGAUGGAGCUCCUCGCCGCCGAGAUGGGCGUCCCCGAGGGCGACGUGCAGACGUGGUUCACGGCGCGGUUGUCGCAGUGGAGGAAAGAACAGGGCCUUGGGGCGAACCUCGGCGGCCUGGUUUGAAGACCGACUCCAUAAUCCUACUAUUUUUAUGUUAUCCUUUUAUGAUUGCUAUUCAACCCCCUAACUGCGAGUACGCAAAAAAUGUUUGCUGUUUUCUUGAUUUAGAAACAAACUAUCUGAACGGCUCUUGUACGAUGGACAUUGUAAUUCAGUAAUCCCUAAAGCCAAUUCCAAAGCAUUUAUAGUCACGGGGUUGAUUUGCAUGAAAUGUGUACCUGCGAAGAAGAAGUGUGAGUCAAGUAACUUUGAUGAGGCCAUUAAGAGACCAUGUUCGGUGUGUUCGUCCUGCGAGUUGCGCGCAAUCAGAAAAGGCGUGUACCAUUCUGAUUGGCCGAGUACUGGACAGUGCAAUAAACAUGUUAUACUGGAAGGACUA